UGCCGGGGUGGGCGUCAACUACGGCGUCCUCAGCCUGUGUCUCCCAUGGGCUUUGAGCAUCUUGCCCGGCUUUGAGCAUCCCGCCGCUGCCAAAGGAUCAAGCCGAAGGGCGGAAGGGAGAACUCUUAAGCCCCUCAGGGAAUCCCUGUGCUCUUUCCACGUGACCUGGUUAUCGUAGCAAGGCUGCCAUUCCGUGUGUGUUGUGUGGGAUCCCCGGGCCUUCAUACUUGAUUGAAUUUCUAGGUGCUUAGAGCUGAUUUUGCGAGAUACUUUUGGAGUGAAUGGAGCCAGAAGGAAUUCUAGAAUCAGAGGGUUCAGAAAAGUCAGUAUUUUCUUCCCAGCAAGAAUAUGAAGAAUCCCAAGAAGCAGAGGAAAUAGGAUCAGAGAACCCCCUCUUACAGCCGGCUCUCACAGGGGAUGUAGAAGGUUUGCAGAAGAUUUUUGAGGAUCCCGAACAUCCCCACCAUGAGCAUGCUAUGCAGUUGCUUCUGGAAGAAGACAUUGUUGGGAGAAACCUGUUGUAUGCAGCUUGCAUGGCUGGGAAAAGUGAUGUAAUUAGAGCCUUGGCAAAGUAUGGGGUGAAUCUGAACGAAAAAACCACCAGAGGGUACACGCUCUUACACUGCGCUGCAGCUUGGGGCCGUCUGGAAACUUUGAAGGCCCUGGUGGAACUGGAUGUUGAUAUAGAGGCUUUGAACUUCCGGGGAGAGAAAGCUCGAGAUGUUGCUGCUCGCUAUUCUCAGACUGAGUGUGUUCAGUUUCUGGACUGGGCAGAUGCAAGGCUGGUUCUGAAAAAAUUUAUUACAAAAUCCUCUCUCAUCAUUACUGACCCAGAAAAGGGCCCAGGGAAACUCCUCAAGGAAGACAAGAACACUAUCCUCAAUGCAUGCCGUAUGAAGAACGAGUGGUUGGAAACCCAUCCAGAAGCUUCCAUCAGUGAGCUUUUUGAGCAGAAACAACAACUAGAGGACAUUGUGGCUCCCAUCCUCACAAAAAUGUCUACACCACGUCAAGUGAAAAGUGCCAAAUCGAUGACCUAAGCCGUGGUCAGCAAAGCAAUCAAGAUUGUAACUUCUACAGGCCCCACUCGGUGUAGAAGGCUACAUUAUCUUCAAGUAUUAGAUAAGACAAACCCAUUCCUGACAGCUGAACUCAAGAAAUAGACCCAGGGUUUUGAGGAAAUGUUUGGGUCCAAAUUCAGUCACCCUGGCUUUGUGUAAGGCUAUUCAGAAUACUCCCACCUGGCUCAGGGGCUGGGCCUCUGCUCCCCUAGACACAUCUCCUCAAGUGUCCUCCAAGCAUGGCUCCUCAUGAGUUCCUGCAUCCCUUUGGAAGAGCUGAACAAGGAUUUAAAAACCACACAGAGAAACUAAUAAUCUUCUGUGUAGCCGAGGCAAGAAAUUUCCACUAGACUAGGGAAAUCCCUUUUUAAAAAGAUGCACUAGGCCACUUCUAAAGGAAAAGCAUUUGUUCGUUCUCUCUCAAACAGCAAACACUAAGAACUGCUUGGGGCAGGCUCUUCUGAUUUUAGCUGUAACUUUUUAUUUCUGAAUUAAAAUUCACCUGGAAGGUGAGGGACAGUUUUUGAGAAAAGCCCACUGUUACCUUUAAUAUCUGUAAUAAAUACAAAUCUGUCUAGCCUCUCCUCUCCAGGGGAUUUGGUAAUAUUGUCCAGGUUUCAAAGGUCAUGGUUACCCCCAAAGUUCUUUGGAAAGCCCUUUUUCUAGUCAAAUUAAGCAGGACCCUGCACUUCCUAUUCCUUUGUGACUUUCUGGGAAAGAUUUUAUAGAAAAUAAAAUGUAAAAAAAAGGAGAGAGAGAAUAUUCCUCAUUCCUCCUCUUUGUCUUGCUAUGCAAACUAUUUUUCACUUUAGAGGAGAAAGAGAACAAGGAAGUCAUUCAUAGUUCUCUUAGACACAAUAUUGAGGAAUGUUGGUUUGAAUGUUUCCCUAAAUCUCACUUUUGAGAUCUUUUGGCUAUAUGAGCAAUUUCCAUUCAUCUUCCUUCAGUGGAAGCAUUAAUGUGUGAGAUACCCCGAGUAUUUGCUGCUGGUGGUAGAAGGGGAUCUGUGUUUGGCCCUUUUAAUACACGUAUUUCAGGAUACUCUGUACAUCAACAGUGUGAUCACUGGGAAGAGGCUGGGUGCCCUUCUUUGUUGCUGUUAUUUUCAUUCUAAGCCACAUUUCCUGAGCCUUGAUCAGGAAUGAAUACAGCAGUGCUUUCCAGGUCUGUGCUCCUGGUAAGUAGGAAGCGAGAACUGUAUUGGUGGCACACGCCUUUAAUCCCACCACUCGGGAGGCAGGCGGAUGUUUGUGAGUUUGAGGCCAGCCUGGUCUACAGCCUCCAAAACAAUAUAGAGAAACCCUGUCUCCAAAAACAAAACAAAACAAAACAAAACAAAACAAAAACAAAAAAAGAAAGUGAGAACUGAAACAUGCUUCUAUUCCUAGGUAAGACAGAAGCAUUUUUAACCAUCUACUAGAAUAGCCUCUCUCUCCCUCUUUAGCCUUGCUAUCUUUGUCUGCAGACAUUUUAUAGCCUUUGAUACUCUUGAUAACACUGUAUUUGUACAAUUCCUUGCACUGGCACCUUUAUACCAGCACCCAGACUUUGUUACAACCUACUUUUCUAACUCCCCACUAUCUUCUCUUCUUUGAGACCCUCGCCGUCAGAACCUCUCAGAAUUCAAUUCUGAUUCUUGGUGGGGCAAUUGUUUUUCUUCACCCCACGACAGUCCCUGUCUCCACAUUACAGAUAUCUAACCCUUCCUUCCUUCUUUGGGGCACUUAUGGUGCCAGAAACCUCAUUCUGGGUUCAGUGUAAUUAAUUAUGUUUAAUCUCAUCAUGUGAAUGAACAAUGAUAUUUCUGAAAGAAUGUUUUUUGCUUUUCAUCAUACCUAAAGAGUUUGUAAAAUACUAAGUCAGUAAAUAAAAGUUGAAUUGACUCACUUAGCAUACCUUCCUCCCAGUACUUAGCUCUGCCUAGUACUAUCCAGAACUCAUUCUGUCUCCAUCCAUUUAUAGAGCUUGAUUACAUUAUAGAAAUGAUAUCAACCUUAUGUCUUGCUUAUGUCAGUGCACUAUGGCAAUACCUAUUCCCUCAACAGACAAGCCAUAUCUACAUCAGACAUUGCAGCUCUAUGUCUGCUUCAACUUUGUAUUUCCUGAACUGUCAUCUCAGAUAUCAUGGACAUGGUGAUUUACAAGAGAUUCUUGGAUCUCAUUUCAGAGAUUCCUUUGAUGUGGGGUUCUGAACACUUAUUUAUAAUAUCUGUUGAUCUAUACCUUCUGUUUUGCAAGAGAUGAUAUCAAUUAUUACCUGCUGUUGCACUGACUUAUAGAUAGAUUAAUAGAAGAUUUAAAUGCUCUUAUGUUGUGAGUUUGAUGUUAUUUCAUUAGCUGAAUGGUGUCUUCUGAACUUGCAUAAGUAAUUACUUUUUUAAAAGCACAUGUUAACAAUUCAGGAGUGCCUCCACACUGACUGAAAGGCAGUCAAAGGAUAAUCCAAUGUUAUAAUCAGUUCUAGAUGGUAGUUCUUUAGAUUUUGUGCUUCACUAACCAUAAAAAAUGUAAAAAUAAAGGUAGGAUAUUAUUAUAACAUUAUUAAAAUAACAACUUCUGCCCUUUGCCACUGUUAUGUAACAAAAGAUGUUUCAACAGUAAAAAAAGUAGGAUAAAGAAAACAAGGAAGUCAUUCAUACUAACACUUGCUAAGUAAUGUUAUCUUAGACACAGCAUUGAGGUAAUCUUGGUUUAAAUGUUUCCCCAAAUCUCACUUUUGAGAUCUUUUGACUAUAUGAACAAUUCCCAUUUGGCUUCCUUCAGUAGCAACAUUAAUGUUGGUUCACCUGUGAGAUACCCUGAGUAUUCGCUGCUGACAGUCAAAGGGGAUCUGUGUUUGGGCCUUUUAAUACACGUAUUUCAGGAGACUCUGCACAUCAGCACUGGGAUCACUGGGAAGAGGCCAGGUGCCCUUCUUCAUUGCUGUUAUUUUAUUCUAAGCCACACUUAGGCUUCGAUGAUGGUUAGAACUUUGUUAGAUUUACUUUUCUCAUCUUGCCGUGUAUGAUAGAAUUUCAUCAUACACCAGAACUGAUGUGGCGUCUAACCUUUGACAACUACUGCUCUAGAACAAUGGAGGUAGACUGAUGUCUAUUUUAAUAACAACAAAACCCCCACAUUGUAAAGUCUGACAGUUACUCCAGUGUUUGUCUAAUAUGCAGUGGAUUAUAUUGUCCAGGAUAGCCCAUUUCACUCACUCCUCUUGCUAUGUGGCCCUGACAUUCCUAAUGUAGAAAUAUGAGUAUCUGAGCUCUCUUGAAUCUGGAGAGCUCAUGACUAUAGUUGAAAGUGAUUCUGUGUCAUUUCCACGGCUAGGUUAUAAGAGGUGAUGUGCUUCUGCCUCAGUCUCCUAAGAUACCACCUGAGAAACCAGCCUGUGAGGAGACCAACAAGGAAAGGAACUGUUGCUCAAGCCUGCAGCUCUGACUUCACUCCGUCCACCUAACCAUUGCUGCCAACCUGCCUGACUAUGAGUGAGUCAUCUUGGAAAUGGAUUCUUCAGUCGAGCCACUAACUAUUUGCUAUAUGGAGUGGAGGCAACUUUCUCUGCUGAAUCCUACCAGGAUCAUGGACUUCUGAGAUAAAUAAAUGUUUUGUUUUAAGCCA